AUGAGGUUAGUAUAUAAAUAUUAUCUAAUUUUUUUACUCAAACAUUUUCUAAAUAUUAUAAAUAAUGAAAUAUAUAAUUUUAACAAGGUUUCUACUUUAAAUAUGAAAAGAAAAUUGAAUGAAAUGUUAAGGUAUAAUAAUAGGUCACAAUUAAAGUUCUCACACAUAAAUAAUAAUACUGAUUAUUGUGAAGAAUAUAUAAUUAGUUCAUCAGAAACAGAAUUGUUAGAAACUUCGAAAAAGAAAUCAAAUGAUAAUACAUCAGAAGAUGAUAACAAUUAUAAUAUAACUACAAGAGAAGAAACCUUGGAAGAUUUGCUAAACGAAUAUGAUGAAGAAAUGAGAGAAAUAAAUAAUAAUAAAAAAAAAACUUUUUUUAAAAGAGCAAAACUUCUAUGGAAAGCCUUUGAUAAUAUUUUUAUAGACAAGAUAAUAGAUACAAAUAUACAGAAUAAACAAUCAGAAUUAGAAGAAGAUAUUUUUCAAAAUGCUGUAAUACUUUCUAGUUCUCCAAUUUUUGCUAUACCAAUACUUUCAUAUUUUUGUAAGCGCAUUAAUUUUUUUCAUUCACCACAGUAA